AUGACCUGUCAGGAGCCGAUUAUGGUGGUUCAGGAGAGCGAUGCUGGGCCGAGGCUGAAAACAGUGGAGGUGGCCCACGCAACGAGGAGGACAGGGGUAGGGUGUGCUGAGAGCGCAACCUCCGCCCCCACGAGCCUUCUCAACAAGCCCAAGAGUGAGAUGACCGCGGAGGAGCCGCAGAAGCGGCGGGGGGGGGGGGGGGGGGGGGGGGGGGAGGAAGAGUUGAACACGGGCCCACUCUCCGUGCUCACGCAGUCCGUCAAGAACAACACCCAGGUGCUCAUCAACUGCCGCAACAAGAAGCUCCUGGGCCGGGUGAAGGCUUUUGACAGGCACUACAACAUGGUGCUGGAGAAUGUGGAGGAGAUGGGGACCAAGGUCCCCAAGAGCGGCAAGGGCUGGAAGAAGUCCAAGCCAGUCCACAAGGACCGCUACAUCUCCGCGAUGUUCCCGCGCGGGGAUUGGGUCACUGUGGGCCUGCGGCACCCACUCAUCGCUGGCAAGUAGGGGCUUGCUCCCUGCUUGGCGCCAGGAGUCCCUGUGUUUUGUAGGCAUUCCUCUGCGAUUGACAGGCGGAU